AUGCGAAUGUCUUUCGGUCUUACAGGGCCAGAGCGCCGUCGCGAGCAAAAUCGUCUAGCGCAGCGAAGGUUUCGCCAGAGACAUGAUAGCCAACAAAGGUCCUCCGAAAGUCGUCCGCGUGUGUCAAUUUCCAGUCUGGGUGUGCCAUCUCAUCGAGAGACAGACCAUAAAGAUAUCGUGCGGCCAGAAUCCACAGUGUCACUCCUUAGGAAUAACAACACAGAUCUCUCCGAUGGCGCCCCUUACUGCGAGUUCUCUUGGCUUAACGAAGAUACCGUUAUUGAUGGAAUCAAUUUUGAAAAUGAUUUUGGCAGGUCAGGACUAGAAUCACUACAGGCACCAAACACUUGGAUAUCUCAACCCAAGGAAGACUUCUCGCAAACAGUGGACCCGAUUCUCAAGUCCUUCUCACACGGCGCGCCUCAUACCUCUUUUUAUACCAUUAGUAACGACACUAGAACUGUAGACUUUGUAAGCUCGGGAGCAAGUCCGCUUCACACCGCUGCGAAACGGGGUCAUGUCAAAAUCGUUCGUCUUUUGCUCGAACAUGAUGCAUACUGCAAUGUACAAGAUGAUGAUGGUGCAACGCCGUUAAUGCAUGCUACAAUCGGGGGGCAUGAGGAAGCCGCAUCUUUACUACUAUCACACGGUGCCAGCAUUCAAUGCGUGGACUAUCACAAUCGAUCAGCUCUCCAUUGGGCCGUGAUAUGCCGACAUGUUCACUUACUGAGGAUGCUGUUAAAUCAUUGUAUAGGGGACAAGUCCGUGAUCGACGGUAUUACUAGGGAUGGGGGGACGCCGCUACACAUCGCUGUUGAAACAAACUUUGAAGCCGCCGUGGAAGCAUUGCUGAAUUCCGGUGCAGAUACGCAACACAAGGCUCGCAACAAUGGAAUUGUUCGUAUAUGUUCAUAA